AUGGAGCCCGGAAAAAACCUGGAAGAUCUGAACAUUACGGCGGAUGAAGUGGACAGACUGAGAAAAGCUUUAAAAGAUGAGAAGUUCAGGGAGAUGCUGCAAGAUUACGCGGAGGAAAUAUCAAACCCGGAGAACAAGAGGAGGUACGAAGAGGAGAUCGCGCUUUUGGAGCGUGAGAGAGGAAACAACAUCGACUUCAUCCACCCGGAACCUUUCAAGGCUCUUAAGACGAGUGUGGACGGCAGCCGAAAGUGUUUCAUCAACAUUUGCUCCAACGAGAAAGUUGGAAAACCCGAGUGUAAGAUUGUGUCGGAGGAUGGCCGCAGGGGGCAGAGUUGGUCCGUGCCCCACAGUCUGCACCCAGGGAGACAGGACACAGACUCAAAAGGGAACCAGAUCACCAUCUAUGAUGUCAUCUUCCACCCUGACACCCUCCACAUAGCGAGCAAAGACAAGAGGUUCAUGGACAUAGUGGACAGCACAGCCAUUCAGGGGAUCGAAAAGGCCUUUAAAGUCACUCUGGACAAAAACAACAUGCGACUGUUGAAAACAAAGUACAAGGGCACCCCCCAGCCUUGUGUCAUUCGAAAACCCAUUCCUGGAUUCAAAGACGAGGGGCCCUCAGUGGAGCCUGACCCUCUUGCCUUCCCAUUCCCUGGUGAUAAAGGACCUGCCCCAUCCUCGCAAACCAAACCUCAGAAUCCAGCCUCACAGAGCAAAGAGCCGACCCAGCCCAAAUACACGGUAAAGUAUCGACAUUUUGUCGAUGUGCAGGACUUCAGGAACUCCAGAGACUCAGCUCAGAGCCCCAGGCCCAAAGAGAUAGUGGUCACCAUUGACCUGCCUCUGCUGAGGUCCGUCGCAGACACCAGCCUUGAGGUGAUGAAGCAGAGGCUGCUGCUGGAAUCCGAGAACCCGGCGUACAGGCUCGAGCUGCCUCUGGCCUACCCUGUGGACGAGGACAAAGGAGAGGCCAAGUUUAACAAGCACAGAGGACAGCUGACCGUCACACUGCUUGUUCUCCCCUCUAAUGAAGUGUUUGAUUAUGCUUCAUGGCCUGCUGUGACUGAUGCUGACGGUCAGGGUGAAGGUGUUGAUGAAAGGAAUGUGAGUGAAAGCGAGGAGGAGAGAGGGAAGGAGCAGGAGAGGGAGAGUGAGAAAGGUGACGAGGAGCAAAGAUGUGUUGAGGAGGAGGAAGGAAAAGGAAGUAAAGCAGGAAAGAGUAGAGAAGAGGAUAAGAAGCAGCAGACAAAGGGGGGAGGUGAAGAUGAGGACAGAGAGGAGCAGAUGAGAGGAGAUCAGGGUGGUGUAGAGGGAGAUGAAAGAAGUGAAGUAGGUGAGGAGGAAGAACAGAGACCACAUAAGAGAGAAGGGGAAGAGAGUGAAGACGAGGGAAGCGGUGUGGAGAGGGAGGCAAAAUGCAAGAAGCAGAACGGAAAAGAAGAAAGUGUGGAGGAGGAAAGAGGGAAGGAGCAGGAGAGGGGGAUUGAGAAAGUUGAGGAGGAGCAAAGCUGUGUUGAGGAGGAGGAAGUAAAGCAGGAAAGAGUAGAUGAAGAGGAUAAGAAGCAGCAGACAAAGGGGGGAGGUGAAGAUGAGGACAGAGAGGAGCAGAUGAGAGGAGAUCAGGGUGGUGUAGAGGGAGAGGAAAGAAGUGAAGUAGGUGAGGAGGAAGAACGGAGACCACAUAAGAGAGAAGGGGAAGAGAGUGAAGACGAGGGAAGCGGUGUGGAGAGGGAGGCAAAAUGCAAGAAGCAGAACGGAAAAGAAGAAAGUGUGGAGGAGGAAAGAGGGAAGGAGCAGGAGAGGGGGAUUGAGAAAGGUGAGGAGGAGCAAAGAUGUGUUGAGGAGGAGGAGGAAGUAAAGCAGGAAAAAGUAUAUGAAGAGGAUAAGAAGCAGCAGACAAAGGGGGGAGGUGAAGAUGAGGACAGAGAGGAGCAGAUGAGAGGAGAUCAGGGUGGUGUAGAGGGAGAGGAAAGAAGUGAAGUAGGUGAGGAGGAAGAACGGAGACCACAUAAGAGAGAAGGGAAAGAGAGUGAAGACGAGGGAAGCGGUGUGGAGAGGGAGGCAAAUUGCAAGAAGCAGAACGGAAAAGAAGAAAGUGUGGAGGAGGAAAGAGGAGAGGAGGACAAAGCAGAAGAGCAGAAACAGGAAAAUGUGAAUGAAGACAAAUUGACAGCUGAACACUCCAGAGAGGAGGAAGAAGUCAAUCUAACUUUAGAGAUCCAAGAGGAAACUGAAAAGAUGGAGGAAAACCUACAAGAAAAUGCUCAGGUGGAAGCAGAUGUUGAGUUUCACAGUCACACAUCCGGUGAGGAAUUAUCAGCCAUGACGACCACUUCAGGCCUUGACGUUGUAGAGGACGUUUCCCAAGGGACUAAAGUGUCUGAAACAGAAGCAGCAAAAGAGCCGGGUAGAGGAGGCUCAGGAGAGCAGAGCGAGAGGGACAACCUGGACCAGGACGACCUGGACCAGGACGACCUGGACACAGAGCAGAUCUUCCAAACCCCAGUGCACAAUGAACAGCAUGCGUUACUGAGGGAAAUUGAUGAAGAUGGAAAGGAAAACGUCCACAGUGAUCAUUCCACAUCUGCUGGGUUCAUCCUCCAUAACGCCCUGAUGUAUGAGCUGGACUGA